GCUUCAUUAUGCUUCAUUACUGAGAGGUCGUGUAUCGAAAAUGGUUUCUGCAAUUUAAAGUGAACAAUUAAAUUUUUUAGAAUUUUGUGUUUUCGUAUAAACAAAUAAUUUUAAAAAAUGGGGCAAUUUUAAUAAAAGACAAAAAUGUGUAACAUAACAAAUAAAGAAUAAGAUCGUAGUGUUAAAUUUGUACAAGUUGGUCAAUGAAAACAUCAAAACACAAUUCAUUUGUGUUGAUAUUAAUAAAUAAAUAAGAAGGCUCAACAAUGAUUAUAUAUUUGUUUUUGUUUUAAUAAUGUUUUGCACACCGGAGACUAAGAAUUAUGUAACUAAUCCAUAAUAAUCUCCAGGCAUGAUAAAAUAAAAGAACAGAAUAAAGGAGAUGAGCCAUAAUAUUGCAGGCAUGCCACCUUUUGCUAGGAUGCCACUCAGUGGUAUGGGAAUGGGAGUAGGUAUGGGACCUAAUGGUCCACAUCCUGAAUCUAAUGCUCAUCCUCAUCCUCCACCACCACCACCGACUGGUGCCAAUCCUAAAAAGAAACGAAGAACUAAUGCUAAUGUAGCCCCACCAGCUCCUCAACCUACUCCAUCUGCACAGGAUUUAUUACCUCCACCUUUAUCUGGUUACGGUGAUACAAUAGUGGCAAGUAAUCCUUUCGACGAUGCGCCGCCUCAAAGUGCACAAAGUGCAAUGAUCCAUGGUGGACCACCGCACAUGCAUGGUGGGCAUCCGCACCAUCCUCAUCAUAUGACUGGUCCUUCUAUGAGAGGUAUGAGCCCACUUACGUCAAUGAGUGGUAUAAAUCCAAUGAUUCCUCAUAAUAUGGGAAACAUGAGUCCAAUGGGGAAUUCACCCAUGAAUAAUCAUAUAAAUCAUAUGGGAGGAAUGUCGCCAAUGAAUCAUCCACCAAUGGGAGGUAUGAGUCCAAUGAACAAUAUGGGAUCCAAUAUACCGUCAGGACCGAUAAACUCAAUGAAUAAUCAUAUGAAUAUGAGUCAUAUGAAUAAUUCUCAAAUGAGUGGGCCACCAAUGGGGAGCCCCAUGAACAGUAUAAAUAGUGGCCCAAUGGGAAGUCCAAUGAAUAAUAUGGGUCACAAUAUGGGAAGUCCCAUGGGUGGGCCUUUAGGAUCACCAAUGAACAGUAUUGGAGGCAAUAAUCACAAUCAUUUACCGAAUGGACCAAUAAAUAUAAAUAAUAUGACCGGUCAUAUGCCGCCUAACAGUCCACUUAAUGGGCCCCCAAUAAAUAAUGUAAACAGUCCAUUAAGCCACAAUGGUUCGCAACCACAUUCGAACCAUAUGGGAAGUAAUCUCAAUAAUUUAGGAAGACCUAUUAAUGGGCCCAUGACCACUAUGAGCUCUAUGAUGCCUAAUAAUAUAAAUAUGUCAGGGCCAACUACAUUAAACAAUAUGAAUAUAACUGGCCCUCAAAUGAAUAAUAUGUCAAAUAUGAAUGUUUCUCAUUCUAAUCAAAUGACACAUAUAUCCGGCCCUAUGGGUUCUAUGUCAAAUAAUAUGGGUAGUGGACCGCCUAUGGGUCAUCCUAUGAAUAUUCCACCACAUGGAUUCCAAGGGCCUCCUGGUAUGGGAUCCAAACCAAUGCCAGUUUCAGCAGGAAAGAUUUAUCCUCCAGACCAACCAAUGGUUUUCAAUUCACAAAAUCCGAAUGCUCCACCAAUUUAUCCUUGUGGGAUUUGUCAUAAAGAAGUUCAUGACAAUGAUCAAGGCAUAUUGUGUGAGUCGGGUUGCAAUUUUUGGUUUCACAGAAUAUGCUCAGGAUUAUCGGAGGCUGCUUUCCAGUUAUUGACUCAAGAAGUUUAUGCAGAGUGGGUGUGUGAUAAAUGUUUACAAGCUAAAAAUAUACCGUUAGUGAAAUUUAAACCAUAACAUCCCUUAGUUCAUUAUUGCAAUAAUUCACAAUUAACACUGUUGAAGUUUAUAUAAUUUUAAACAAUAAUUUGCAGUACCCAUCCUAGCGGAUCCGAAUUACGCUAAUUACCGUAAUUUACGGUAUUCGGAAGACCUACGAUAACGUUACGGUUAAUUAGCCGUAAAUUUGCGGUAUUUUACCGAAAAGUAGCGGUAUUUUAUCGUAAACGUGCAGAUUUACUGCAGACUUACGUCAAGCGAAGUAUUUCACCGUGUUACGGUCAAAAUGCCACGAAUUGCGGUAAAUUGCCGUAAUUUGUCAUAUUCUACCGUUGAUUACCGUAAACUGCGGCAAAUUUGCAGUAAAAUCUGGUAUUUUGCGGUAAAAAUACGAUAAUCUACUGUAAUUCGGAUCCGCUAGGGCAGACACAUUCAUGAGUGAAUUUAUAUUCAUGUACAUGAUUAGAAUUCACAAUGUUAAUAAAAUUUUAGCUUGAAGUUGUUGAAAAUUUAGAUUAUGUUUGGAAUUUAUAUAAAUAAAAUUUUAUAUCUCAAUAUGGCUCAAAAAUUGACAAUAUUAUUUUUCUCAGGCAAAAUGACUUUAAUUUCAGUAAUUUAAUAUUGUAUUAAUCAUUUAUACCUACUAUACAGAUCUGAUAAAUUAGUUCUUGUGUUAUUGUUAUUUCUCUCGUAUGCAAAAUUAAAAGCUAAUUAAUAUUAACUUUGGCAAAAAUGUAUAAAGAAAUCUUGGAUAAAUUUUUAGAAUAUAUUAAUAAGUAUUAAAUAAUAUCAGUAC